AUAUCUACACGCGUGUUCUAUAAAAGGACAUAAGUAAUAGUGUCGACGAUGUCGUGGAAUACAGUGAUGAAGUUAACUGUGCUGUUGCUGCUGCUGCUUACCGUUGUUAUGGUCGACGGUGGGGGUUCAUCCUCGUCGUCCACGGACCAUACCUUCGUGGUGAAAUCGGACUGCGACCCGGCCUACCUCGCCAUUCACGUUAACUACACUCUAUGUCUGGUGGACAGAGGGACGGAUGCCCCACUGUCAGCCGAGGACAAACAAGCCAUUGUGGACGAGCACAACACAUACAGAAGUAACGUGUCACCUACUGCCACCAAUAUGGUCAAACUGGUGUGGGAUGACGACAUAGCAGAAUAUGCAGCCAAAUGGGCUCGACAGUGCUACGCUGGCCAUGACGAAUAUGCGGCAAGAUCCCUUCCAAGCAUGCCUGGAGUGAGCAUCGGCCAGAAUGUAGCUGCCAACCACAUCUCGCUCGUGGAGGCGGUAGAUGCAUGGCAUUCUGAAGUUGACUUCUUCGAAUAUGGGAUCGGCCAAACUGACGUGGAAAAAACAAUCGGCCACUACACCCAGGUUGUUGGGUACAGAGCCAUCCGAAUUGGAUGCGGACAAGCCACCUGUUCAAACAACAAAUAUAGUCGUUAUCAAGUGUGCAACUACGCGAUCGGGCAAAGAACCCGAGACCUCAAGUUCCCAUACCAGAACGGGACGUCCUGCAGUGAAUGUCCCGCCGACAAGUGCUUCGACAACCUGUGUGAUUGCGGGCGCAAGCUGUGUCUGAAUGGCGGCUCUCUGGACACCAGCACAUGCUCGUGCACGUGCAAGGGAAUAUGGACAGGAGACACCUGCACAGAAAAGAAAUGUGGAGCUGAGGUAUGGUGGUGUGCCUUUGUCAGGAUCAAGUCGUGGUGCAAAGACUUCUCCAAUAUCCCCGUGGCCUGCCCGAGAUUCUGCAACAUCUGCUGAAUGCACAACGACCAAUGUGGGACCGACCUCACCCACGAGUGUUGCUGUUUUCAAUAAGAAUAAAAAAUGACAAAAUAUAAA